CACCCAAGUGUCUGGCCAACUGUACCGCUUUCCCAUGCUUUGGGCAAACUACGCCUUUUGGCUUUGCCUCUGCUUUUUUGAUGAAACCGACGCAUCGGACCAGCCCAGCUGUGACGAGCAGUCGGCACUGCAAGUCACCAGAAAUGUGACGAGUUCAGUUCCUCUGACCGAGUGGCUUCCCCUUGGUGCCGCUGCCAACUUCUUCUCCAACGUGGAUUCGGACGCCACGUUUGUCUCGGAGUGGACCUCGCCCCGCGACCUGGCCGUGCUGCCGGCGCCGCACUCACUGCGCUUCGCGGAUGGUCAGAGCAUCGAUGUCUUCAGCGUGGUGCCCAGCUUUGGCGAAGAUGGCCAUUUCAUCGCCUUGCUUCUGACCAAGAAGUCUCAGAAAGAGAUCGCGGAGAGUCAUGCCAUGUUUUGUUCUGGACCCAAUCGGUCUCAUUUGACGCAAGUCCGCGUGCACCAUCGGAGUCUUCUAUGUGAUUGGCCCAAAGAAGAAGCUGAACAUGAAAAUUUCGAAGUGUUUUUAGAGGAUGCUCAGGGGAAUAACCUCGCGCGGGUUUUGGCAAGAAGAAAAACUGGACUGGUGAAGAAGUACCGGACAGUGGCCUGUGUUCGGGACGUUUACUUUCUCAACGAGGCCACCUUCAGCGCAGCAUUGAAACUCUUGGUCGAGUGGUUGGAGUUCUACACGGUUCAUGGCAUCGAACAUUUUUUCGUCUACACCUUUCGAGGAACAGAAGACGCUGUGAAGGAGGUUCUGAUGCCAUACUUGCAGUCGGGGCUCGCGACCAGGAUUCAUUUUGACGAUUAUCCGAAACCCGAAAGCCAUCGCUUUCACCAAGUCAUCAAGGAUUGCUUGUACCGAGCCAAGAGCCAUGCCACCUGGGUCCUUCCCUCCGUGGAUUUUGAUGAAUACUUCCACUUGAAUUCUGGUCACAUCUUCCCAGAUGGUCGGGUACCAGAAAACUAUCUGAAGACUGCCUGGGAUGCCAUUGUCAAAUCUGAAGGAAAGCAGUUGGAGGAAGUGAAAAGCAUCAGUUUCCGUCGUCACCGCUUCGCCCGCGCUCCGAGCGAUGCCCUGGAGAUCUCCUCCACCUGGCGCGAGGAAGGCCUGGAGCGCUCGAGGCAUCACCCGGAGGAAGGCGCCAAGCCGAAGUUCGCCUACAACGCCCACGUGGUGUAUGACCUCUGGUGGCACAAUCCACUGGCCUGGGACCCCAGGGCGAACCAGGACAUUGAGCUGGCGGAAACUUUGGGAGUGGCGAAUCAUUACCGGACAGACUUCCGUGCCGGUGCCAAGUACGGCGAUGCCGAUCGAAGGGUCAGCACUUUUGAUGACAAGUUGACCUCUGAUGUCCCUUUGCUGGAACAAGCCAUUGAACGGCGCUUUGGUGAACAGCCUCACGCAUUGCUGAAGCGAUUGAGUCAGGAACAUCCUCCCAUGCAUUUGGGACAGCUAAAUGCUGACGCGGACGUGAACAACGACGUGGACAACGACGUGGAUGAUUGGGAUGAUUAUUGACCCAGCGAGUGCAGCCGAUCCUGGAAUCCUGGUGCUUUCUGUGGUUUUUCACAGCAAUGGGG